UAAAACCAUUACAAUUCCCAUGACAAAUUCUAGGGGGGGGGGUUUCUAUUGUUAUUUUUACGUUAAGCAUUUUCUCCGGUGUAGAGAGACGUUACAGAAACCGCUUAAUGUAUUAAGAAGACGUUAAAAGACCAAAUUCAGUAUACACCUUAUUAAUAAACCCUACUAUAUAAAGGGAAGCAGAUGAACCCAGAGUGUGAACAGUUUUUCCUCUUUAUAACAGGUGUCUAUGGGAGGAAAACGCUUUUAUCUGUCCACUUGGAUUAUAAUAUUAUAUUAUAAUAGUGUUUAUGUCCCGAGAAAUGUGUGAGAGAAAAAGGUUUUCCCUGCUCGUUGUUUUAGUGCGCUUGUAGUUAACAGGCUGGAUUAUAUGAGAUUAUGUGAUGUCAAUCAAUAAACCACACCCGAGGAGUCAAAUCUACAACAGACGAGUGAGACCUCACCGUCAGGGAGCAGGGAAGAGAGGUCAGGGGUCCAACUUCAAGAUUUUAAUUCGGUGUGAAACAAAAUGGCCUACAGCGAGGCUUUAGUUUGUGACUCCUCACGGUCUCGGAUGGAUGAACUGCGUCAAACCCAGGAGGUUUCCCAAGCGCCAGAAACUGUUUUCAGCGCCUCAGGUGGGAUUGCUGAAGCUCUGAGAUCAGUCGCCAGAGCAGACCUGUGGAGUCUUCAACGGGUUUUUCUCCAGACUGCAUCACUCCUUAAUGUAGAUGAUCAAAAACCCAUUCUCACUCAGCCAGAUUCUUCUCCUGUUCUGCUCUGUGGACGAGAUGAGGACAAAUGCUGCAUGGCCAAUACUCAGGACAAAAUUCAAGCGGAAGCAUUUGAAGUGAAGUUAAAAUAUAUCAAUAGUUCAGUGCCUCUGUAUCAGGAGUACUGGCUGAAAUGUAUGAAGGCUGAGUUACAGAAGGCGCAGAAUAAAAAACUGCCGGACAAUUUGGAAGCGCGAUGUCAAUCUGUCGUGCUCUCUCCUGCUGCAUCAAGCCCAACCUGUGUAUCAAGCCCCCCAGGACUGCACGUGGCACCAUACGCCCUGUGGCAACAGCUGCCAGAAGUAAAGAGCCAAAACCUGCUGCACACACUUACAGCCAGAGACAUUCGCCAUCAGGAGGCCAUGUUUGAACUGAUUGUAUCUGAGGCUUCAUAUCAGAAGAGUUUGCGUGUGGCAGUUGGAGUCUUUCAGUCCUCUGCUCAGCUGAAGCAAACUUUAACUCCUGUGCAGAACCAUGUUUUAUUUUCCAACUUGAAGGAAGUCUGCAAGGCUAGUGAGGGAUUUCUUCAGGAUCUGGAGACUCGACUGGAGGAGAAUGUGGUGAUGUCUAAGGUUGGAGACGUUGUACUGAAUCACAAAUCAACAUUUCGUCGAGUCUACGUGCCCUACGUCACCAACAUGAUGUAUCAGGAGACCCUUAUUAUGAAACUUUUACAAGAAAACAGGAAAUUUGUGCUGGCCUUAAAGAAGCUUGAGAAGGACCCACUUUGCCAGAGACAGACACUCAAGUCCUUCUUGAUCCUUCCUUUCCAAAGGAUAACAAGAUUAAGGCUUAUUUUAGAGAAUAUUCUUAAAAGGACAGACGAACACUCCACUGAUGUUCCCAACUUAAAGGAUGCAAUUGAAGCAGUGCGUGAGAUAGUAGUGGCGUGUGACAACAAUGUCCAGCAAAUGAAACGCACAGAGGAACUGGUUAGCUUGGAAAAGCUUGUGGAUUUUGCCAAUGUCAAGUCAGUACCGUUAAUCGUAAGUGGACGUUAUCUGAUUCGAGCGGGACCCUUGAAAAAGUUGACGGUCAAGAGUAAUCAGACUUGUGGCUCCCUGGUCUCACGCACAGACAUCUACCUGCAUCUCUUCAAUGACCUCUUGCUCCUCUCAGUCAAGAAUGGAAACCGAUUCAGUGUGCAAGAUCAUGCAGUGUUUCCUGCCCAUGUUCGUGUAGAGGAAUUAAAGACUAAGAUGCCGGGUCUUCCACCUGAUGCCUUUCUGCUCCGUCUCACCCAAAACCACUUACGAACUGCUACUGCUGUUAUACUCACUGCACAGACACGGAUGGAAAAAGAGACCUGGCUCCAACUUUUAUCUUCAGAGAAUGGCACCAUGGAUAAUAUAGAGAUCAAGAAUGUUUAAACAUUUUUAUUAAGUAUUAUGUAACUUUUUUUUUUUUCACCACUUGUACGAUUAAACCUGCUAGAAUGGCAGAUCAUAUCGCUUGUGAACUUUUAACUUAAACAAGAAACAUUUUUUUUUAUACGAAAUAAAGUUUGGCAUUUGUAAUAAAGUCAUCUGUUCACUGUUUUUCUUUUUUUUUUUUUUUUUUUUUCUAAUCUGUGUGUACUGGAGCUUUAACAAUGCUUCAUUGACUUUUCUUUUCACUGUCCAGUGGUCUUGUCCCAUCAUUGGGUCUGAUAGAAAGCUCCAUUCUUGUUCAGAAGAAAUUGGUCCUCUCCUCCU